UUCAAAUGUAAAAUGCCAGUUAAAGUUGAAGUAAUUCCGCCUCCUCCUGCGAAUUCAAAACAACCAGGAAUCAACCGUUCUUUGCUCUAUAAUGGAUCCAGAUUUCAAGGGCACCAGAAGUCAAAGGGAAAUAGUUAUGAAGUGGAAGUAGUUUUACAAUAUGUUGAUGAGGAGAAUUCUUAUCUUUGUGGAUACUUAAAAAUUAAAGGAUUGACUGAUGAGUUUCCUACCCUCACUACUUUUUUUGAUGGGGAGAUAAUUAGUAAAAAAUAUCCAUUCUUAACCCGGAAAUGGGAGGCGGAUGAAGAUGUAGACAAGAAACAUUGGAGUAAGUUUUCAUCAUUCUGCCAGUAUUCAAAGACGUUUAAUUCUGAUUGUUUUGACUACGAUGAAAUCAAACAAACAGACUUUGUUUUUAUGAGGUGGAAAGAGCACUUUCUUGUCCCAGAUCAUACUAUACGUGAUAUAAAUGGAGCUUCAUUUGCUGGCUUUUAUUAUAUUUGUUUUCAAAAAUCUACUGCCACAAUUGAAGGUUAUUAUUAUCAUAGAAGCUCAGAAAUGUAUCAAUCAUUGACGCUGAAUCAUGUCCCUGAGCACAGUACCCAAAUCUAUGAAUUUAGGUGAAAGGUUUCUUCAUACUUGAACCAUCCUCUCCCUGCAACAGUUUCAUUCCGUUAAUUUAAAAUAUUGCAUUUUGGAAAAAAAUUCCUGAAGACUGUUGGUGAAAGAUUCUUAAUAGUUGGUGCUGUGCAGAGCUACCUUUAAUAGCAGGUUUUUGACUGCCACUUCUUCCCUCAAAAGUAUCUGUGCAUUAAUAGAAAAUGAAGUUAUAAAAAAACUAAUGGGAUAAUUUUAGUGAAGAAAAAUCAUAAUUGA